AUAUUAGUCUAUAUUAGCGCACCGUUUGGCACCUGCCAGCAACAACUGCUCUGUCAGUCACACGUCUUCCGCCUCUCCACAGCCAUGCCUUCGUUCGCACCUACUGUGAAGCUCAACAACGGGAGGAGCAUGCCGGCUUUCGGACUCGGCACCUGGCAGGCAACUCCAGGAGAAGUCAGGGAGGCAGUUAAACACGCAAUCGACGUCGGUUAUCGCCAUAUCGACACCGCUGCUGUGUACCGCAACGAGUCAGAAGUGGGCGAAGCACUGCAGGAGAAAAUUAAGGAAGGGGCAGCCAAGCGGGAAGAGGUGUUUGUCACCAGCAAGUUGUGGAACACCUGUCAUAGACCAGACUUGGUUGUGCCAACCUGUAAGAAGACAUUAGCAGAUCUUAAGCUAGAUUAUGUUGAUCUUUAUCUUGUACACUGGCCAUUUUCAUACAAGGAAGGGGAUGAUUUUUACCCCUCAGAGAAUGGUAUUGCAAUUACUACUGACAUUGACUAUCUGGAUACAUGGAAACAAAUGGAAGAGUGUGUUAAUUUAGGACUAGCAAAAAGCAUUGGUGUAUCCAACUUCAACAGUAAGCAGCUCAGCAGAUUGCUUGAAGCAGCUACCAUCAAGCCAGUUACAAAUCAGAUUGAAUGUCAUCCUUAUCUUAACCAGAAGAAACUAAUUGAUUUCUGCAAGCAGAGGGACAUAGUGAUAACUGCUUACAGUCCACUUGCGAAUCCAUCUAUGACAAUGCCAGGAGGGGGAGUGCCAUUAUUGGAAAACCCAAAGAUGAAGUUACUUGCUGCCAAGUAUAGGAAGACAGUGGCUCAAGUUGUUCUUAGAUAUGUGUACCAGCUAGGCACAGUUCCAAUCCCAAAGUCCUUUAACAAGAAGAGGAUUGAGGAAAACAUACAGAUAUUUGAUUUUGAGCUCAGUAAUGAUGAUAUGACCUACAUAAAUACAUUUAACAAAAACUACAGGGUGUUUCCAUUUACUGAGGCAAAAGCUUCUAAAUAUUAUCCAUUUCACGAUGAAUUUUGAGGCACCACACAAGAUGUACAUGAAUGUUGAAAAAAUUGUCAGAAGAGACUAUAAGAGCACUACAGAUUUAUUUUUGUGCUAUUUUAUAUUUAACCAUCCUGUAGUAGGCACUAUGUACCACACAACUGUGAUAUUUCUGUAAAUAUACUCUUUCAAUCAAAGCUAA